GCGGCUUGUUUUGGGGCGGUUGCUAAGCGGGAAGCGUCUGAUCUUUUUUCCUGGUGGGACAGGCCUCGGCGGCCUUGCUCUUCCAACUCUCUUCCGCCUUCGUUAUCAUGGCGUUUGUCUUCAGGAGAAGCCGCAGGAGCCAGUUUAAACAUAUAGCUCAUGGCCUGAUCCCUGCCGCUACCAUAGCUCCUAAAGCUGCCGUUCCCCGCACCCCUCCCCCUCGUAGUCCAAACCCUUCUCCAGAAAGACCCAGAUCUGCAUUGGCAGCGGCUAUUCUUGUGACAACUCUGACUGGGCGGACCGUUGCCAUCCCUCAGCCUCGUCAGCGCUCUCUUUCUGAAAGUGAUGCCAGUAGUUUACAGGAUCGAGAAAACUAUAUUCAGCCAUAUGCCACAGUCACUGAGCUGCGAAUGGGUCCAAGCUGGAAACGUGAUGGUGAUGAAAGGAGUGCUGUGCAGUCUUUUGAAGUAUCUGCCAGUUGCUGUGAUGAUGAAGACAUGGACACAUAUGCAUCAGACACAGAAAAAGAACGAGAUCCAGUCCAUCAGAGUACUGAUACAACAGAAAGCUUUAGUAGCAAGGCAUUAUAUGCUGUUCCACAUAAAGUUAAAAAGGAAGAUCUCCCAGUAUCUUCUAGUGCUGAUGGGGAAGAAGUUGAUUUUUCUGUUAAUGAACCUGCUCAUCUCAUUCAUCCAAAUGUUCAGGUGGAAGAGCUUGACCACUCCGGGCCAAAUUUGAAGAUGGAAAGAACCUCAUCUGACAAUCCAUUGAGUGAAAAACCACCACCAGCUCCAGUACUCCAUAAAACACCAGGAGAAGUGCUUCUGAAAUUGAAAGAAGAAAAUUGGCAGUUGAGCAACACAAGUCAGAUUCUGUUUUCACAACUCGAGGAGACAAAGCAGCAAUUAAAGGAACUCCAAUUGAAAGUUAAGAAGCUGGAGAAAGAAAAUCGGCAAUUGGAGAAAGACAAUAGAAAAGAAACUGCACAGAAGUCUCGCAGUGAAGAGGAACUUGCAGAAUUGCUUUCAUUAAGACAACAGGCCCAGGAGCUAGUGGAUGAAAAUGACAGCCUGAAAAUGACAGUUCAUCGUUUGAAUGCAGAAUUGAGUCGAUACCAGACAAAAUACAGACUACUUUCACCAAGUGAGAGUCCAAAGAUGGGAAGUCUGCCAAUGAAAAAGCCAAUACCACCUUGGCUGUUGGAUAUGAAAUAUCUGUCACCUCUCUUGUUGGCCUAUGAAGACAGAAUGAGAGAAAAAGAAGACUUGAUUCUUUCACAUGAGGAAGACAUGAAACUCUUCAAAGCACAAGUUGAAGAGGUAGUGAAGGAAAAUGAACAGUUGUACAAGAAGCUAAAUAGAAGUAACUCUGUUACAACCAAACAAUGGCAACAGCUGCAAAGCCAAGCCAAGCUUGUCUUAGAGGAGAACACAGUGCUGAUGGAGCAACUUGAAAUACAGCAAGCAAAAGCAAAGGACAGCCUCAGUGAACAUAUUCAAGAAGUUUCCAAAUUAACAAAACAGCUAAUGAUUUUGGAAGCCAAAAAACAGAGCCAAGAAGAAGACUUGAGAGAGUGCCAGAAACAGCUGGAAGACUUGCACUCCACAUACAAAGAGUUAAAAACGAGUGUUAGAGAUCGAAUAACUGUAGAGGAACAUGAUGCUUCAGUAAAUAAACUGAAAUGCCAGCUGCAAGAAGAACAAGAGAAGAGAGAGAAGGAGGCCAAGGAAUUAAUGGCAAAACUUGCCUCUGUGCAAGCAGAAAAGAGAAGUCUCCUUAUUGAGAAAAAUGAUUUGGUGGCUGAAAACAAGGUUCUAGAAGCUGAACUGGAAAUGGCACAGAAAGCAAAAAGACAAUCUCAGAAGAAAAUUGGUCAUCUGAAGCAGCAGCUGGAAGAAGCAAUGGACAAGGAGAUCGUGGCUCAUCAAUAUCUAGCAAAUCUGGUCAGUUUGACAGAAAAUGUAACUCGAGAACGUGACCAACUUUUAAAUCUGGUAAGUCUUUUUCCAAAAUCACUCUUCUGGUUCAACUAAUUUACAUUCAGGGAC